AUGGCUGCAUCAUUCCGGCUCUGUCUUUUCCCUUCUCUCCUCCUCAGCAAUGGCCCAGGACAAGAGCCUGUCUCUGUGAUGACCAUCGACCUCACCAAAAUCACAAAACCCUAUUCCCCCUUUGAGUUUUGAACCUUGGAUCCAGAGGGGGUGAUUUUUUAUGGGGACACCAACACCAAAGAUGAUUGGUUCAUGCUGGGACUUCAUGAUGGCCAGCUUGAAAUCCAGCUGCACAAUCUCUGGGCUCGGCUUACAGUAGGCUUUGGCCCUCUGCUGAAUGAUGGGAGAUGGCACCAGGUGGAGCUGAAGAUGAAUGGAGAUUCACUGUUGCUGUGGGUGGACAGGAAGGAGAUACUGUGCCUGAGACAGGUCUCUAGAUCCCUGGAUGACAAUUCCCAGCCCAACAAGAGGAUCGCUCUAGGGGAGCUCCUCCUCCCUGCCUCCAGUCUUCGGUUCCCGCUGGUGACUGCCCUGGAUGGCUGAAUAUGUCGAGAUAUUUGGCUGGGCCACCAGGCCCAGCUCUCAUCCUCUGCCCCUAGUAGCCUCGGAAACUGUGAUGUGGACUUGCAACCUGGAUUGUUCUUCCCUCCAGGGACCCAUGCAGAAUUCAGUCUCCAAGACAUUCCCCAGCCUCACACAGACCCCUGGAGCUUUUCUCUGGAGCUGGGAUUAAAGCUGGUGGAUGGCUCAGGAUGCCUCCUUGCUCUUGGGACAGGAACAAAUUCUUCUUGGCUUAGCCUUCACCUCCAAGAUCAAAAGGUGGUGCUGUCUUCUGGAGUAGAACCCAAACUAGCUUUACCCUUAGACAUGGGGCUCCCUCUUCAGCUGAAGCUGCAUGUAUUCAACAUGGUCUUGAGCCAAGGGCCGAAGAUGGAGGUCCUUGCUGUGUCCCUGUCGAGACUGGAUUCCCUCCAGAGACUCUGGUCCCACCCUCAGGGCCAUCUCUCUCUUGGGGCUUUACCAGGAGACAAUUCUUCUGCUUCCUUUUGCUUGAGUGAUCUUUGAGUACAAGGACAGAGACUGGACAUAGACCAGGCCCUGAACAGAAGCCAGAACAUCUGGACUCACAGCUGCCUUCAGAGUCCAAAUAAUGUCACCCCCACUCCCCACUGA